UUUUCUUUUUUUGUGGCACCUGUCAAUCAAUCAAUCAAAAUUUCGACAAGUAUGACUGUUCGGCAUUUUAUUUAAAAUUCCGCGCAAAAAUGAAGAUGUUAGAAAAACAAUGAUGGCGGUAUAUGUUCCACAUGUUACAGCUGCAAUUACGUUUCUAAAUGGUUUAGAAAGAAACAGGUUUUUCCCCUUGAAUGAAAUCGGGCAGGAAAUUUACAACAUUCAGUUUGACGAAAUUAUAUGGAAUUUAGCAUCAAUAUACUUAGAGUACUUACAAGUGCCUGAUAUAAGUGAUCGUAUACCAGAAGUUAUUAGGUCACUACAAAAUUCUUAUGAAGAACUAGUGAAACAUCGUUGUCGAGGUGGUGAUAAAAGCAAUGCUUACAUUAGUCCUAGAGCUGUGACUGGUGAGGUUGGCAGACCAAAGUAUGAAGUGCCAAAGGAACAAGUCAUUAGCUUGAAAAAGAUCGGAUAUCAAUGGAAGGACAUUGCUCAAAUGCUUGGUAUUAGUAUCAAAACAUUCCGUCGUCGUCGUAAAGAAUUUGAUUUACCUUUUGGAGAAGCAGAAUAUUCAGACAUAACUGAUCAACAACUCGAUGAAAUAGUUCGAGAAGUGCUUUUGAUACUCCCAAAUUGCGGCGAAAGAAUAGUAAUAGGUGCAAUUACCAGCAAACAUAUUAAGGUAAAAAGAGAAAGAUUGCAACAAUCAAUCAUGAGGGUAGACGCGUUGAGCAGGGUGAUGAGACGAAGGAAUUGUAUACAAAGAAGAAGAUACAAUGUGAAAUCUCCAAAUUCGCUGUGGCAUAUGGAUGGUCAUCAUAAGUUAAUUAGAUGGCGCAUUGUGUUUCACGGAUGUAUAGAUGGUUAUUCAAGAUUAGUAACAUUUCUCAGAUGUAAUUCAAAUAACAGAAGCACUACCGUAUUGGAUCUAUUUCUGGAAGCCAUCAAUAAAUACAAUGUCCCUAGGAGAAUUCGCACUGACCACGGUACAGAAAAUAUUGAAGUGGCACGAUGGAUGCUGGGACACUUUGGUGUGGCCAGUAAGCCUGUCAUAACUGGACUAUCAGUGCAUAAUCAAAGAAUCGAAAGGCUUUGGCGCGACUUAGUCAUACAGGUGGUUGAUUAUUUUAAAGGCAUUUUUUAUUUCAUGGAGCAGCAAGAAAUGUUAGACCCCGUAAAUGAUGUAGAUUUGUACGCAUUGCAUAGCGUGUUUUUGCCUAGAAUUAAUCGUGCUUGCAAGUAAUUUGUGAAGCAGUGGAAUAAUCAUCCUUUAUCAACUGAAGGCAAUAGAACGCCGUAUCAGCUGUGGACUCAAGGCAUGUAUAUGAACUGGCAUUCUUCUGAUAACGGUUUGAGACAGAUAAUGGAGAAAAAUAAAAACAUUGGUACACAUGGAGUUGAACUUGACGGUCCAGCUCCUUUAAUAGAUUCGAUCAACAACGUAAAUGUUCCUGAGAUAGCUCUGAAUUUACCAGACAAUUUUAUGCAAAAUAUUGACCCACUUUCUGAAGACCACAAUCACGGAAUAAACUUGUACAUUCAAACUCGUGAAUUAUUGGUACAUGCGCUAUGAUAAGCUGAUGUACGGUCGAAUAACAAACAAACGAUUUUAAGCUCUCGCGAUGGAACAUAAGGGUCAAAAAAUUAAUUCGGUUGGUGGGUUGGCGUUUAUUUGGCACUUGAUAGUAGGAGUAUGUAAAGUUAAAAAGUUGUUAAUUUUUAACAGAGACAAAAAUGUAUUUAAGUGUAUCAAAGAAAUACUUUAAUCAAAAGUUCACAUUUACUCGUAUUAAAUAACAAAAACUUUAGUAAUCACUAAGAAAACAUAGUAUCCUACACAUAUAUUUUUCACUAACGUAAAAAACUUUCAAGCCUUUUAUUGUUAUUAGCAUUAUGAAAAUUAGUUAAGUCAAUAAGUCUCCUUUUUAUAUAACGAAAAGUAAAGAAAAACUGCAGAAAUGCAAAAUAAAACAUAAUGUCAACAUAUAAUAUAACAAUCUUUUUAUAUAAUAUAUAAUAAUCUUACAUAAUAAUCUUUUUAAACUUCCAGGUUUGUAUAACUUUGGACG